AUACAGCUGGGCAGAACGAGGUCGACCAGAGGGAGAUGGACAUGUUUCAUGACAUGGUGGAAAAGUUCCUGAGGGUGCAUGGCGAUCUUGAACCCGAGAAGCCACUUAAACGACCCGGACGGCCAUCAGCAGUGCCUCAGAAAGCGACAGUCGCAGGUGGAGCAGCGACUUCACUGACAGUGAAGGAGGCAAUUGAUAAAGCGAUUGCUGGACGAGCUAUUCCUGCCCCGGCGGAGGAUGAAUAUGUUUACGAUCUCUUCUAUUUUUCGCGCGAGAAGGCAGCGCAGAUGCAGAUGAUGCAGAUGAUGAAUCAGGGUCAAGUUGCCUCACUGACUGGAAUGUCAGCCGUAUUUGAUGAGAAUGAAGAGUACACGAGCGGAGAGGAGGAAGAUAGCGAGGUUGAUGAAGAUUCCAAUGAUGAAAACUACUACCAAAACGACUACCCUGAAGAACAAGAGGAGGAAGACAACUGGUCCGAUUCUCAAGACGAUCUUGAGCGACGACAGCGCUUCGAGGACGGAUUUUGUCUUGCCGAGAACCGCUGGGAUGAUGAUGCAGAUGCCCUCUCGCGUCCUUGCUUAUCGGGACCAAGGGCUGGUAUAUUCGACCGCUUUGAGCAAAGGCAGAGUAAUAGCUAUAAUGAAGAUCACGAGGGAGGAGCGGUGGACUAUUGAGAUGCGAUAUGUAUGAAUGUCUUGAUAAACUCUUCCUAUGGUGAUCAUGUAUGUCUAUUACAAUCCGUGUCUGUCGGUGCCGUGGCAGGAUA